GAGCGCAGGGGGAGGAGCGGCGGCGGCGGCAGCAGCGUUCCCGGUCGCAGCCGAGCUGCCCUGCCGGGACCGGGUGCGAGCCGCGGGGUGGCCGCGCCGCUGAGGACGCCCCGGCGGUCUCGUCCUAGCGAGAGCCCGGGCCGGGUGCGCCGCGGCGGCCCCGGCGGUCCUCGCGCCCCUCCGCGGGGCCAGGGCGCCCCCGAGCGGCGGGGCGCUGUGCGGUGCUGAGGGCUGCCCGCGCGCCGCCGCUCUCCUCCUCCUCCUGCUGCCGGGACUGAGGCGGCGGCCGGCCGGGACAGCACCAUGCUGCCUUCGCUCCCCCCGCGCCGCUCCGCCUGACUGGGGACGGGGGGAGGCAUGCAGCCGGCGCUCCGCUAGGUGAGCGCGGCUCGGCUCGGGCCGGAGCUCCGCGGCCAGCCCUUCAGCAGCGCGGCGGCACCGGCACCACCGGCACCAUGAGGAACGGCGAUGACCUGGAGGGCUUCGACGGCGAGGCGUCCAGCACCUCCAUGAUGUCGGGGGCCAGCAGUCCCUAUCAGCCCACCACAGAGCCUGUCAGCCAGCACCGCGGGCUGGGCGGCCUCCGCUGCGACCUGGAUUACCUGCGGGGCACCUUCGGCAGGAUCAAGCUGGCCGAGGUGGUUUUGGCACUGAUUGCAUUCAUCUGCAUAGAGACCAUCAUGGAAUGCUCCCCUUGUGAAGGCCUUUAUUUCUUUGAGUUUGUGAGCUGUAGUGCAUUGGUGGUUACUGGAGUUCUGUUGCUUAUGUUCAGUCUAAAUCUUCACACAAGAAUACCGCAGAUCAACUGGAAUCUUACUGAUCUGGUCAACACUGGACUCAGCACUUUCUUCUUUUUCAUUGCCUCUGUAGUACUUGCUGCUUUAAACCAUAAAACUGGAGCAGAAAUUGCUGCUGUGAUAUUUGGUUUCUUGGCAAUGGCAGUGUAUGCUGUGAACACAUAUUUAGCUAUUAAAAAGUGGCGAAUGAACAGCAGACAACAAAUUAGUCGGCAGACCAGCGAGUACAUACGUGCUCGGACAGAAUCCAGAGAAGUAGAUCAUCGCCCUGAGAUUCAGCGUCUGGAUGCAUGAAAAUGACGUUCAAAUGGGACUGCAAAGGGAAACAAAGAAGUGCUUAACUCCCUCAUGGAAUAAAGGGUUUUUUCUUUAUUUAAGGAAGAAAAGGAAGAUCAGAUGGUGGCAAAGAAUGCCCAGCCCUGCAUAUGUGCAGAGAUGCAUUGAGUCAGAAGCUGUUGUCAUAAAGGCAGUAAAUGUUAGUCAUUCAGAAGUAAGAUCCGCUUAAGAUGUCCACAUAUAUAUACACAUAUAUUAUAUAGCUUAUAUAAUAUAUUUUAUAUAUAUGUAUUGAAGUAUGUUACUGUUUUGGAUUAACUGCACAGUACUUUCCUUCCCUCUCCCAAGUGCAAGCCCUGAAUAUACAUGUUCUGCCACAGUUUCUUCGUCUAUUGUAAACACUAAGACCAGCACUACAUUGUAUGGUUAAUAUAGGAAAGAAAUCCAUGAAAAUUAAAUUUAGUACAUGCAAAAAGGAAGUGAGGGGCAAAUAGCAAUAACUUUAGCCAUGUAUCAUGUCCAACGAACUCUCUAUGUCCAUCCUCAUGCAGCCUUGGCAGUAUAGCUGAAUUCUUAUCUGUAAGAUCUGCAGUUUCACUGUUGGUGCACUUAUGUAGCUGAAAUGGACAACCAGUUCACAUUUUUUUGUUUGAUUGAUAUAGUGUUGAGGUAGUUAACCUAUGGGUUACUCUGAAAUUGCCAUAUUCAGUUCAUGCAUGACCUUGGCCAGAUCGGAACUUCUGCAAAGUUAGCACGUUUAUGGAAUGGUCACCGUAAUGCAUCAAGUGCAAGUAUGUGGUUUUCUGCACAUGUUGGGAUAACAUUCUAUUUUUCAUUCCAAAAUGAGAAAAUAAAUAUGCUCGGGAGGCAGGGUGGAGAAAAGGGGGUUGAGGGGCACAGUAGAGGAAGAAGGGGUUGUCAUCCAAUAGACUUGCUUUCCACUCAUGGCUUUUUUCUUUUUUUCUUUUUUUAUUUUUAAGGUUCAACCUUUCUGAGAAGCCUAGGGUAAGCAAGAACUAGUAAAAAAUUAUGAUGUGUGUGUAAAGUGUUUCUAAGGUUGCAAUAUUGUGAUUCAUGUAAGAUAAAUAUUUUCCUUUUUGGAAGGUUGGUUGUUUCUUCUAAAAUUAAAACUGUUGGUAGUAGGUAAAACUGGUUGGUGUUUUUUUUUAAAUUUCUGCAAAUUUCUUCCCCUAAUAUUUCUUUGGCAAAUGAGUUUAGAUAAUUGGAGGAUAAUACAGUUGUAUUGAUUUGUUUAGAAAUAGUUUUACCUAACUGAAGUUUUCUUAUUUUAAUUGUUACUUCCAGUGAAGAGAAGCGUACUUUCUCUACUCAAAACUCAAAUUCUGCAGUAACUGGUUAGACAAUAUCAUAAUGUUAUUAGGAGGAUGUCCCUUGAUAUUUUUCUGUUUUUUUGAUUGAUGUUUUUUUGUAAUCCAUUAUUUGGCAUAUGCAUGAAGAAAAUGUAUGUGGGAGAAGAUCUGUAGAGCUGAAUUCCUUUCUGGUGUAAGCACAUGAAAACUUUAAAAUUAGUGCAGCUAUAUGCCACGUAUGCCUGAAUUUGUCACGUUUGACUUGAACAUUUUUUUGCAUUGUGUUCUGUAGCUGUACUCUUAAGUGGAUCGAUGUGGUUAACUGGAGUCUUAAGAACAAAUGACAAUAUGUUGCAGAUAGGUCACUUUUAAAUAUGAAAAACAGGUUAUACCAAACAGAAGAUAAAUAGAAGUACCUGAGCUUUUUUUAAUACCAGGGGGAACUGGGAUAGUGACAGGUGUGAACCUAACGCUGCAAUGUUUGAAUCAAGCAACAGAGAAUUAUUUUGAUUUGUGAAAAACUGGUGACAAAACAUGUAUUUUCAAUUUACUGAUGUCUACAGUGCAUUUCACCUUAGUGGCUAAGAUGGAGAUUAAAAUUCAGAAAGAGUUACUAACGAGGUUAAAGAAAACUUGCAUUUUCUUAAUGAGUAAUGGUUUACCAGUUACUAUAGUAACAUUUUAUUGUGCUUCAUUGAAAGUUAAUGCCAAAGGGAACACCAGUUUAAAAAAGAUUGAACCAUAUAAGCCAAGCUCUAGUGUUGGGUUUAGAACAUAGACGUUUUACUGAGGUGAUGUCUCACCAGGAUUACUGUGCGUUUCAUGAGAUGUAAAUGACAGUUCCAUGUUCAGUUGUGAUGUUUGUUAUUGCCAGUACAGUUGUUACAGCCCUGCUGUUUUUCAGCAUUCUGCCUAGUAUUGGCAAAGUUUGCAAGAAGUUUGUAGAUAUUGGCAAUUAUUAAAAGAACCUUUUAAAAAGUAGCACAAGCAUACCCAGACUGGAAUUGUAAACUGGUAUUAAAGCUGUUUGUAUAAAGAUUGUAAAAAUCCAAACAAACAAAACACCAAAAAAAGCACCAACCCCAAAACACGAAACCAAACCACCACACCAAAAGACCAAAACCCUCUACUCAAAAUCAGAAAAUUGUCUUCUAGAAGAUCCAUACUUUUUACCCUCGUCUGAAAUCCAGAAAUGGAAGUUAGGUGAUGCAUAACAAAGGCUUUUCAUUAGGAGUGUAUCCUGUUUGCUGGUUAAUGACAGGGACUGAAAUGGCGAGUACAUAAAAGAAUGGCCCCCCCUCUUGUAAUCCCUUUGCUUAUUCUGGUUUUUUUUUUUUUUUUUUUUAAGAGGUGUGGAAGAUCUCGUGCAUCUAAAUUUAUGAGUUUGGUAUCUUUCAAAUCCUUACACCUUUCCUUAGCUAGAAGAAAAGGUAGCUUCACUAAGCUUUUUCUGGAGUGAGAUCAUGAGAAGCUUUUGUACAUUUUAGCUGGAAUGACAAAUGCAGAGUUAUACAGUUAUGCUUCUAAAACAGUGUAAUACUUCAUCAUGUAGUGUAGUAUACCUGAAUGACCUUGAGUGCUUUUACAUGUGAAAUAAGUUUUCUUGAGCUCAGAACAGUAUGCCAUUAUUUAUUACUUACAUCAUGACUUGAGCUUAGCACAGCUUUCAGGGUAGAAUUCAAAGAGAAUUAUAAUUUAAAUACUAUCUGAUACACUUUGUAAAACAAAAAUAAAUGUAAAUUUGUAAUUUCCUUAUUUUGGAGGACCAAAGAUGAUUUUAGUAUUGUAUAGUAUAUGCUUUCUAAAAAUGUAAGUUAAGCAUUUAUUACUCUACAGAGACAUUAUUUACUAUUUUGAUUAUAUGGAAGGGAAAUAAAGUAGCUGUGAGACACAACUAAAUUGGAAACAUUAAGAUCAUAUGAUAUAUACACAUUUGAUUUUUUUUUUUUCCACCAGACUUAAUUUUACAUGGUGUAUUGAAGAGGUGGUAAUAUUUUAAGACUGUUACCCAAGCUGCAGGAAGAAAAUAGGGUAGAAAGUUUAAUUACUAUUUUUUUUUUAAAUUGCUUAGAAAAGUGACAUUAUAUUGCUUCUCCCAGCCAGUUAGUCUUGCUUGUAAUUGCUGAGCAUAUAGGGAUAAUUUCUUUUAGUCCUUAAGAGUGCUGUUUAGCUCCAUAAAGGGACUCAAAGCCCACUGUAAAUAAAACUAAAUGAAAGCCAAACGCUUGAACCGUGUAGGAACGUGGUAAUGGUUCUGAUUAGUCCUGUUUUGUCAAACUAAGCCCACAAUCUCCAUGUAUUUCUGCAUGUAGAAAUGAUGGCAAAUUUUGCAACCUAUGCAGAGACAUCAAAGCAUUAAACAAUAAGAUAUGAUUGAAGCAACAGCAUAAUAAUUGUGUAGUGUUGUAAGAAUAUAUGCGUUCCUCUUAAUCAUAGAAUCAUAGAAUGGUUUGGGUUGGAAGGGACCUUAAAGAUCAUCUAGUUCCAACCCCCCUGCUAUGGGCAGGGACACCCUCCACUAGACCACGUUGCCCAAAGCCUCAUCUAGCCUGGCCUUAAACGCUAUGUAUGAUCAGUUUUGUCACCCCUAGUUCAAGUUUAUUGUACAUUCUUGUAGUGAUGUGCAAACUGCCUACCAUAGGAGUUUCUAAAACCAUAAUUAAGAGCUGAUUUGAUAGUUUCAUCGCUGCUUAGUACAGUUGAUUCCUUCUUACUCUCCACUUGUUCCUUUCAUUUCGUACAUUCAUGCCUCAUCUAUCUUACGUUUUAAUAUUUAAUUUUUGUUAAGCCUUCUUCAUUAAUCUGUAUAGUGUCUGCUUCAAUGUAAAGAAGAUAAGAAUACUGUGUCCAAUGUCCUCUUGCUUAAGGGUGGUACUCUUCCCUUUUAGGAUUGCUUAUGAUGUUUGGGCUAGAUGUGCUGGGGGAAAUUUUAUUCUUUCCCCUAGAACUUUGGAAGCUAGCUAGUAUACUGAAUGUGUUUCUGUGUAAACUUUCUGGUCAGAGCCACAUGCUUAGAGGUUGAGAGGAUUAGAGAUUAAUCUACCUCUACCUUUUUUGAGAGACAAGGUACUGACUCUAGAGAUUUGAUGCCUAUAUUUCAGUCUGUGCUGUGUAUUCAGAAGCAUGGCAUCAGCAAUGAACUGUGCCUUGGAAGCAGCUUCUCAUCUUUUGCUUAUAAGAUGUCUCUUACAUGUGAAUUUAAACAAAAUCAGUAAUUUGGGGUGCCUCUUCAUAGGCUUUGUCACAUACGUUUCACUGUGCAUCUCAUGAUACAAUCUAUAAUUCUUUUAUCCAUUUGAAUUUCACUGUUGAUUCUAGAAGGAAGAUGGGAAAACUGGGGAAAGUUUCCAGUCUUCCCUAGGAUAAUCUUAUUUUACUCCCCUCCCCCCCGAACUAUUUUGUACCAUAUGAUGCUUGCCCCUUCCUAACACAUCAAACUUGCUGGUUCUUAAAAUGCUGUGGAACAGAGCAGGAGAAUUGAUCUGCUACAAGCUGCAUGUGGACUGUUAUGAGUGAAUUAACCGCUAGUUUUCCAUGAACUUUAAGGUCCCUAAACAAAUUUGAUAAUUUGUCACCUUUGUGCUAUUUUGGGGAUGUGUAGGCACAGCAAAUGCUUCUCUAAUAUGUGGUAUAAUUAAUGCAACUCUUUCCCCUCCCUUCUUCCUUAGUCCUUGUUCUAUAUCUGUUAUUUUCUUGUCUCGUGACAACUUUGGAAACAUUCCUACUUGUUCUGUUUUGUGAGGGGGGAGGGGGAGAAACCCAACUCCAGAACCCCAAAUAAGUAAGUAUAAUGUUUUUAGGGCACAAUUUAAAAACAAAACCAAAACCCAACUUAACAGCAAUUCAAAUAAUGUAGAAAAUAUCCUCUCUCCUACUCAGAUGAGAUACUGAACAGCUUUGUACAUGAAAAUCAGAGCAUAAAGAACAGGUCUUAAGCUGAAUGCCCUGGAGGCAAACAUCUUCAGCAGGUACUUAGGUAUUUUAGGUGGGCACAAUCUGAUCAUGGAUUUGAGAUAAAGGGUGAGGAGGAGACAAAAACCCAAAUUUGAUGCUUAAUAAUCCAGUGCUUUCAAAAUGAUACAUGAAUGUUAAUAAUGCCCAACUGCAGAAGUAAAGAUUGCUUCUGCACUUCAUAUAGGUGAGACACACCUUGAAUCAGUAGUAAAAGUAGGUGUAGAAGUGUUUCUCUAUUCCUAACUCUGGAGCUGUGCUGGCUGUGUAAUACAUUGGAGAGAUUCUACACCGAUGUUGUUAAUGGUGCAUCUUAAAAACUGAGGUAUGAUGACAAAUCGAUGUGAUUAUCAAGUAACGUCUGCUCAGCUGAAGUAGUUGGUUCACAGAGACCUGCAGGAUGUAGAUGCUUGCAUCAGAAGGGCUGUAUGUGUCUAGAAGAAAGGAUAGGUGCAGACUAGCUUCUGCUCAGUCCCACUGAAAUGAGUAAAGCCAUCAUGUAGCAUUUCUGAAAAUUGGUACUUAAUUCUUGUUAUUUAUAGCAAAAUAAUGGAUUGUUUGGAGGGCCAUCGAAGCUCAAAAAGACUGUGCAGAUAGAGCUGCGUGUAUGAAUUUUAAUGACAACAAAAUAAUUUAAAAAAACCUGAAAUAGGUACAAAACCCAGCAGAAUGUUUGAAAACACUUUGUAGAAACUAUGCUAUAUUCCUCUCUUUAUUUUAACAGAGGGAGUUGGUUAAAAAUAAAUUUAUAGAAAUUGUCAGGACAUCUUUGAAUGCCAUUUUAGAGUUUUUCCUGGUGUAUUGUUUUCCCUGUUAGCUACUUGGCCGCCUGGAUAGAUUUGUUUGACAGUAUCAGAGCCGUGCUGUCCAGCCUGAAAGGGUUCCUUUGUUGUUUUGGUCUUAUUUUUGCUUGUCUUUUAAAAAUCUGUCUAUAAUUUAACCAUUUUUAUUCUAAAAAUAAUCUUUUAAAAAUCUGCUUACACUGUGAUUUAUGAUAGCCUUUAAUUUAGAGUAUACAACACAAUCUAAUUUUCUUUUGGGAUAUGCAGCUUUCAAAAGUGUUCUUAUAUGUGCCCAGAAAUGAAAGUUGUCUAUUUAUCGUGAAAAUGUGAUUAGUUAAAGUUACCUAUCCAGAUCCCAGUGCAACUCUUUCAGAUGUGCUGGGUGGAUGAGUUAGUGAAAUUGCCUUUUAAUCUCUAUGGGUUAAUAAAUAUUUUUUUAUAACUAGCCACAGAUAUUCCUUUUUAAAUUAUACUUGGCAAACAGAAGAUAUUUAAUUUUAUAUACAAUAUACAUAGUUACCUUGAUUGACAUAUUUAUAACAGAGCUUUGUGUUUACUAUGAAGGUUUUAUCUGUAUACCAUGGACGUCAUGGGUAAAAUUUUAAAAUGCCAGUUAGCAUAUAUGGAAGGAUAGGGAAACUAUCUUCUUGAAUUCAGAAUGAGGACAUAGGAGCAUUUCAAAAAGCAAUAGCCAGAUCGUAUUAAUGGAGUAUCUGUGUUUUUUCUUUUUUCUUUUUUUUUUUUUUUGAUUGGGGCUGGUCCCUACAGCUAUUUUAAUAACAUCUGCAUGUGAGUAACAGAAUGAAAUAUGGCCAUCUGCCUCUUCUGACUGUCACGGACUAUUGUCUAGAAUAUGGGAAAUUUCAGGGUAUUGUAUUUGUUUUGCUUUGGACAAAUAUCUCAAUAGGCAUUUAAUUAAAACCUUCAUGUGUUUGAAAGAAAAUAACCUCUCAACUAGGCUGAUUUAUCACUUUUGGUAACCUCUUAAUCCCAAAAGUAUUAUUGUCUAAAUAUUUUUAGUAAUGUUGCAUUUAUCCUGAUGUCUACAGGUUAAAGUGGUUCUGGCUAGCACCCUUUUAUUACAACAAUUGCUACCUUCAUUUUUCUACUGUUUAUACUUUAAUCUUGAAUGUUUACCAGUUUCUACUUGUCGGAUGUUGUGGAGGGAGAGUGUAUCUUAGCACUACAGUUCAUCCAGCUUUAACUCAUACAUAGCAGUUCUGGAGUAAGAAAAUACUUGGUUUAUAUAUUGUGGCCAAUAUAUUGCAUUUUUAAAUGAUUUCUAUACUUAAGACACAACAUUUAUGACAUAAUAUAACAAAUGAAUUAGCUAAUCAUUAUAUCUGUCUAGACUUACUCUCUUCUGUGUUAGUGUAAUUUUGAAACUAUUUGUAUAUGUUGAAGUUUGUAAGGGUUCAGGAACCCACAAUAAAAUAGUAAAGUAUGUAUUUAUUUCUCAUUAUAAUGCUCAAUUUUGAUUUGAAAGUUGACACUUUGUCUUUUCACAGAAUUGUAAACGAAUACCGAAAAACUGCUUCACCUAGUGUGCCUUCCAUAUGUGGUAUAAACACUUGUCAUUCACAAAAAUAGAGAUGUAAAUUUAUUAAACCAGUAAACACUAUUUUUGUAAUGUGAGUCACUAAUGCAUCUCUGGCUUCAUUGUGCUUUGUUUCCACUAAUACCAGUUUUAUGGCUACUGUAGUCAUUGCUUUGCCUUUGUGCAGUAAAUAGUAAAUCUGAUAUCACGGCAAAUCGAAAGAUUGUAUCACUUUUGCUCUGCCUUAGGUUGCUGCCUGAAAGAUGGAGGAGAUAAGGCAGAUUGCUGAUGUGAGCUAGAAGGUAGUCCAAAUUUCUUUCCUUGAGACUUUUGGAAAGAGAUGCUCAGUGUGGGAUAUCUGUAUCCUCGGUGCUGAUUCUGGGUCCUCGACCAGGUGUAAUCUAAACAUUCUGAUUCUAGCUCAUAAUUUAUGAUUUAUGGUGUCUGAGGAAGGAGCGUCCAGGCCUGACUGAAAGACUUUAUCCCUCGGGGAUAUAGGUCCUAUAGUGACAGAUUUGUAAUUGUCAACAGCUCGGAAUUAUUAGUCGAAAUAGUGGGUUAGAAUUCCAUCUUGGGCUGAGCAAAGGGGAUGCAAUUUUCCUUUUAUCAUAUGAGCACAAGUCUGCUGUGUAAUACCCUUGGUAUUUUGCUUUUGAAGUAAGAAAAAUUGUAAUAUUUUGCCAAGGAAAAUCUUAACAAGCAUACUCUGUGUGUGAAUGCAGAACCUGACUCUGCUGUCCUUACUCAGGCAAAAUUCCCCAUUGACUUAGGGGACUGCAGAACAGGUACCCAUUUAUCACCAAAUCCUGAUCAAGGAUUUGAAGAAUAUCACAAGUUAGCAAAUUUUCAUAUAGAGACAAUUUACAGCCUUGAAGCAAUUUCACAUUAUUUUGGUAAGCGUUCUUGAAGUCCUCAAACUGCACACAAGGCUAGCUGAUAAAAUAGACGCUUCUGCCGCGGCACCUACCAGCUGUGAUCACUGUCCCUCAGUAUUGACAGCUGUAACUUACUGUGUAAGUGUGGCAUCUUCCAGCUCUAUAUGUCAAAAUUGUGCUGUUAAUGUUCGACCAGUUUCAAAGGCAAGGUAACUCUACAAGAAAACGUAACCUCCAACUUGUUUUUACACCAGUGAUGAUUAUUCAAUAUGUUGUGUGCUUCUUUUCUGUUGGUUUUUAUGUAAACAGAAAACACAAGCUGAAGAAUUGUAAUGUUUUGCAAUACAGAAAGCAGUCCUGUUUUUAAAAUCCAUACUGUUAUAGCAUAAUUUAAAUGGUGUAUUUAUCAGUUUUAAAUGUCAUUUUGCUUUUCCAGUCUUUUGUAUAUGGGCACAAUACUUUUUGUAAAUUUUUUUUAUUUAGUUGUCUUUCUGUCUUUUUUUCUUUCUGAUAUUUGAAGAUUUGAGCUCUAUGGAUUUUCAUGGUACUCUUCUGAUCAUGUCUUCAUAGUGGUAAAAGUCUGUAUUUUUGUAUGUAGGGAAAAUGGUAGUUUUCUAACACUUAUCUUGAUCAAUAUAGUAUGGAAUCAUUUGUGAAGGACUUCCUGUUUAAUAAAUGGACAUAUUAAAGUACAAAAA